AUGUAUGAUACACAUUUGAAACGUCGUACCUUUCAAUUGAUUGUUCCUGGUGAUCCACUUGAUAAAUCAAUUGUUAUUCGACCAUUAGAAGCUCAACCUGUAAAUCAUUUAGCAAGAGAAUUUAUGAUUAAAACACGACGACGAAAAGGUCUUAGUGAAGAUGUUAGUAUUAAUAAAUUCUUUGAUGAUCCAAUGUUACUUGAAUUAGCAAGACAAGAUGUUCUACUUAAUUAUCCAAUAUAG